AUGCCAGACCAGCCGCCGACGUACGUAGAAUACCCCCCAGACGAGUCCAUCGUCCUCAGCAAGAUCGAGGAGCAGCUCUGCCAGCGAUCGAUGCGUGGAGUGUCUGCACAGGAAUGCCACGUUCACAGCAGUGAAUCUCUGCUCGGCGUUGACCUACAUAUCAUAACCCGGAGAAAGUGUUCAAUCAUUAAAUAUGCAACAUUCGCCAUCGUCGCUGCUGCCUCCGGCGUUAUCAGUGCCGUUUUUACGGUCCGCCAGUCCUGGCAGUCAGUCACGUCCAAAACCCAUCAGUCCAAGAACGCCAUCCAACUCUCCCAGGAGGCGCAGCGGAGCGUCGAGAGAGAAGGCCUCGAGGGACGUGAAAACGUCUCGUCUCUGUCCUCCUGCUGCCAUGAACUUAACCUGCUUGAACAGCAGCAUUGCCCUCUCUCCUCCUCCCAGGUCCUAGUUAACGAGUCCUGGGGGCUCGAGCUUGCAUGGGUUAAAGUAUCAGAUCCUGGUGCGAUUUUGAGGGAGAUUGUUGGAAUAUUCCAUUAG